CAUCACCUCCAACGAGCCAUGUUCCAGGCUGCAGGAGCCGCCCAGGCCACCCCCUCUCAUGAGGCCAAAGGCAGCGGUGGCAGCAGCACGGUACAGCGCUCCAAGUCCUUCAGCCUGCGGGCCCAGGUGAAGGAGACCUGCGCCUCCUGCCAGAAGACUGUGUACCCCAUGGAGCGGCUGGUAGCAGACAAGCUCAUUUUCCACAACUCUUGCUUCUGCUGCAAGCACUGUCACACCAAGCUCAGCCUGGGCAGCUACGCGGCGCUGCACGGGGAAUUUUACUGCAAGCCCCACUUCCAGCAGCUGUUUAAGAGCAAAGGCAACUAUGAUGAGGGGUUUGGCCGGAAGCAGCACAAGGAGCUCUGGUCCCACAAGGAGGUGGACCCUGGCACCAAGACAGCCUGAGGCCCCUCUGACCUUCCACUUCCUCCACA